CCUACCAUCUUUCUCACUCAUCUUAAACCAUCAUUUUACAAGCUCUCAGAAAAAAGGAUUUACAAAAAUCAAAAGCAAAAAAGUAAAAAAAUUAAUAAUAGUAAAAAAAGAAUGUAUCGUUUUGCAGUAAAUCUUGCAUCCAAAGCUAGGGUUGCAAAAAGUAGUACCCACCAGAUUGAGAGUAGGUUGAAUUGGAGAAGAAAUUAUGGAGCAAAAGAUAUUAGAUUUGGAGUGGAUGCAAGGGCUUUAAUGCUUAAAGGAGUUGAAGAUCUUGCAGAUGCUGUGAGAGUAACUAUGGGUCCAAAGGGGCGCAAUGUGGUAAUCGAGCAAAGUUAUGGAGCCCCAAAGGUAACAAAAGACGGUGUUACUGUGGCAAAAAGCAUCGUGUUUAAAGACAAAGUUAAGGAUGUUGGUGCCAGUCUAGUUAAACAGGUUGCUCAUGCCACCAAUGAUGUGGCUGGUGAUGGUACCACUUGUGCAACAGUCCUUACUGGUGCAAUAUUCUCGGAAGGAUGCAAAUCGGUGGCAGCUGGUAUGAAUGCAAUGGACCUUAGACGUGGUAUUUCCAUGGCUGUUGAUGCCGUGGUAACAAAUUUAAAGAGCAGGGCUCGGAUGAUAAGCACGUCUGAAGAAAUAACACAGGUGGGCACAAUUUCUGCAAAUGGAGAUCGGGAAAUUGGCGAACUAAUUGCAAAGGCUAUGGAGAAAGUUGGAAAGGAAGGUGUCAUUACAAUUCAAGAUGGGAAGACAUUGUAUAAUGAAUUAGAAGUUGUGGAGGGAAUGAAGAUGGAGAGGGGCUACAUAUCUCCACAUUUCAUCACAAAUCAAAAGAAUCAGAAAUGCGAAUUAGAGGACCCUCUUAUUCUAAUCCAUGAGAAAAAGAUUUCAAACAUUAAUUCGGUGGUCAAAGUCUUAGAGUUGGCACUGAAGAGACAAAGGCCCCUGUUAAUUGUUGCUGAGGAUUUAGAAAGCGAUGUGCUGGCGACACUAGUUCUUAAUAAGCUUCGUGCUGGCAUCAAGGUAUGUGCCAUAAAAGCUCCGGGCUUUGGAGAUAAAAGAAAAGCUCACUUGCAAGAUCUUGCCACUAUCACUGGAGGCGAGCUUAUCACAGAGGAACUUGGUAUGAGCCUUGAGAAGGUGGACUUUAAAAUGCUUGGCUCUUGUAAAAAGGUUACUGUCUCCAAAGAUGACACAGUUGUGCUCGAUGGUGCUGGUGAUAAAAAGUCAAUAGAGGAGCGAUGUAAGCAAAUCAGGUCGGCGAUGGAGUCUACCACUAAUGAAUAUGACAGGGAGAAAUUGCAAGAGAGAUUAGCAAAGCUUUCUGGUGGUGUUGCUGUCCUGAAGAUUGGAGGUGCCAGCGACACAGAAGUUGGUGAAAAGAAAGAUAGAGUCACAGACGCUCUGAAUGCCACAAAGGCAGCUGUAGAGGAAGGAAUUGUUCCCGGUGGUGGUGUUGCCCUUCUAUAUGCAUCAAAGGAGUUGGACAAGUUACCAACAGCCAACUUUGAUCAAAAAACAGGUGUUCAAAUCAUCAAAAAUGCACUUAAGAUGCCGGUUCAUACAAUUGCUUCUAAUGCUGGAGUGGAAGGCUCAGUUGUGGUUGGUAAGCUUUUGGAGCAGGAUAACACUGAUCUUGGAUAUGAUGCAGCCAAAGGUGAAUAUGUUGAUAUGGUCAAAAGUGGAAUUAUUGAUCCACUAAAAGUGAUAAGGACUGCAUUGGCUGAUGCAGCAAGUGUCUCUUCUUUGAUGACGACGACAGAAGCAAUUGUGGUUGAAUACCCUAAGCCUGCUAGUGCAGCAGCUUCAAGUGGUGGUUUAGGUGGCAUGGGUGGUUACGGUGGCAUGGAUUAUUGACCAGAGACUGAAAGUAUUGACUUGUUUUACUGACAAAAUAGCGUUUGCCUGAUUAGAACAUGGGGUAGGAAGGUAGAAACCUGUGAUUAGAUUAUGAGAGGUUCCGUCAAAAGUUUUGUUAUGGUAGACUAGCAGAAAAUUUCUCAUUCUUGCCAAGGUUAAAUGACAUUAAGGUUUUGUUAGCUGCAUGAUGUUGAAGAAUUUGUAUCCACUGGCAAGUUUUGAUGUAUUGGUUUUGUACCGUUACAGAUCGGGUUGUUUGAAUGUCGGAGUUGGUUUGAUC